GCGGCCUGGUCGCCGGCGGUGCCCGAGAGGCCGUAGCCCGUCGGGGACGACCGGAGCCUGCGUGGCGUGGGGCGUGGGGCGGGCGAGAGCCGGGGGGCUCUGCGGGGCCCCCGCGGGCGGUCCCAGGCGAGGAUGGCGACCCCGGACCAGAAGUCGCCGAACGUCCUGCUGCAGAACCUGUGCUGCCGGAUCCUGGGCAGGAGCGAAGCUGACGUAGCCCAGCAGUUCCAGUACGCAGUGCGGGUUAUUGGCAGCAACUUUGCCCCAACCGUCGAAAGAGAUGAAUUUCUCGUAGCCGAAAAAAUCAAGAAAGAACUUAUUCGGCAGAGAAGAGAAGCGGACGCUGCGUUGUUUUCAGAGCUCCACAGAAAGCUUCACUCACAGGGAGUUUUGAAAAAUAAAUGGUCAAUUCUCUACCUCUUGCUCAGCCUUAGUGAGGAUCCACGCAAGCAGCCAAACAAGGUCUCCAGCUAUGCUGCGUUAUUUGCUCAAGCGUUGCCGAGAGAUGCGCACUCGACUCCCUACUACUACGCCAGGCCGCAGACGCUCCCGCUGAACUACCAGGACCGCGGCACACAGUCGGCACAGAGCUCGGGCAGCGUGGGAAGCAGCGGCAUCAGCAGUAUUGGCGUGUACGCCCUGAAUGGCCCGACCCCACCGCCACAGUCUCUCCUGCCGGGACAGCCUCAUCACACUCCCGGAGUUGGAGACUGUCUUCGGCAGCAGUUGGGGUCACGUCUUGCAUGGACUUUAACUGCAAACCAGCCUUCUUCACAAACCACUACCUCAAGAGGUCUCCCAAACACUGUUUCUCGCAACGUGACAAGACCAAGGAGGGAAGGGGAUGCCAGUGGUGCUGGGGAAGUUACGGAGGCGGCCCUUGUGCGGGACAUUGUGUACGUCUUCCAGGGCAUAGAUGGCAAGCAUGUCAAGAUGGACAGCGUGGAGAACCGCUACAAAGUGGAGGCGAAGGCAAACCUAAGUAAAUCUUUGAGGGAUACGACAGUCAGACUUGCUGAGUUGGGAUGGUUGCAUAACAAAAUCAGAAAAUACACUGACCAGAGGAGUCUAGACCGUUCGUUUGGACUUGUGGGUCAGAGCUUUUGCGCGGCCUUGCAUCAGGAACUGAAGGAAUACUACCGAUUGCUGUCUGUCUUACAUUCCCAGCUACAGUUAGAGGAUGAUCAGGGGGUGAACUUGGGCCUUGAGAGUAGCUUGACGCUCCGGCGCCUCCUGGUUUGGACGUACGACCCCAAGAUAAGACUGAAGACUCUCGCGGCCCUAGUGGACCACUGCCAAGGGAGGAAAGGAGGUGAGCUGGCCUCUGCUGUCCACGCGUACACGAAGACGGGGGACCCGUAUGUGAGGUCCCUGGUGCAGCACAUUCUCAGCUUAGUGUCACAUCCCGUGCUGAGUUUCCUGUACCGCUGGAUAUACGACGGGGAGCUCGAGGACACGUACCACGAAUUUUUCGUAGCCUCGGAUCCAGCCGUCAAGACGGACCGGCUGUGGCAGGACAAGUACACUCUACGGAGAUCGAUGAUCCCCUCCUUUAUUACGAUGGACCAGUCCAGGAAGGUCCUUUUGAUCGGAAAAUCAAUAAAUUUCCUGCACCAGGUUUGUCAUGACCAGACACCCACUACAAAGAUGAUAGCUGUGACCAAGUCUGCCGACUCCCCCCAGGAUGCUGCAGAUUUGUUCACAGAUUUGGAGAAUGCGUUUCGGGGGAAAAUCGAUGCUGCUUACUUUGAGACCAGCAAGUACCUGUUGGACGUUCUUAACAAAAAGUACAGCUUGCUGGACCACAUGCAGGCUGUGAGGCGCUACCUGCUCCUUGGCCAAGGGGACUUCAUCAGGCACUUAAUGGACUUGCUCAAACCAGAACUUGUCCGUCCAGCUACGACUUUGUAUCAACACAACUUGACUGGAAUUCUUGAAACCGCCGUCAGAGCCACCAACGCCCAGUUUGACAGCCCUGAGAUCCUCAAGAGACUGGAUGUGAGGCUGCUGGAGGUCUCUCCAGGUGACACCGGGUGGGACGUUUUCAGCCUGGACUACCACGUCGAUGGGCCAAUUGCCACGGUGUUCACGCGGGAGUGCAUGAGCCACUACCUCAGGGUGUUUAACUUCCUCUGGAGGGCAAAGCGGAUGGAGUACAUCCUCACGGACAUCCGCAAGGGACACAUGUGCAAUGCCAAGCUCCUGAGGAACAUGCCAGAGUUCUCCGGGGUGCUGCACCACUGCCACAUCCUGGCAUCCGAGAUGGUCCAUUUCAUCCACCAGAUGCAGUACUACAUCACAUUCGAGGUGCUUGAGUGUUCUUGGGAUGAGCUUUGGAACAAGGUGCAGCAGGCCCAGGACCUGGACCACAUCAUCGCCGCACACGAGGUGUUCCUGGACACCAUCAUCUCCCGCUGUCUGCUGGACGCCGACUCCAGAGCACUUUUAAAUCAACUAAGAGCCGUGUUUGAUCAGAUCAUCGAACUUCAGAACACUCAAGAUGCGAUAUACAGAGCGGCUCUGGAAGAGUUACAGAGACGAUUACAGUUUGAGGAGAAAAAGAAACAGAAUGAAGUCGAGGGCCGGUGGGGAGUGACGGCAGCAGAGGAGGAGGAGGAGAACAGGAGGAUUCAAGAGUUUCGAGAAUCUAUCCCGAAAAUGUGCUCGCAGCUGCGGAUACUGGCCCAUUUCUACCAGGUGCUGGCAGGGCCCGGACCACACUGGUGUGUUCCUGCAGUAGACCGUUGCCAUCAGAAUGGGUGUGGUGCAGCAGUUCCUGGUGCUGCUGACGACCAGCUCCGACGAGAGCCUGCGCUUCCUGAGCUUCAGGCUGGACUUCAACGAACACUACGAGGCCCGAGAGCCGAGGCUGCGGGUGUCCCUGGGCUCCCGCGGGCGGCGUGGCUCUCACGCGUGAGCCCUCCCAUAUCCCCUGGCGCCGCCUGUGCCGGGGACUGCGGGUCGAGGUGAACACGCUCGUGUGCGAACCCGCGAGGCCGCCGGCGUGCUGCCCACGAGCCUCUGAAGCUCCUGGGGGCACGGCAUCUGUCACAUCCAAAUCUUGUCGUCACACACGGAGUGGAUGUAUUUGUAACGUCACCGAGUUACACAGGCCCGUUUGCACUACUCAAGUUUGUUUUUUAACGUCUUCGUAUUUACGAGAUACCAUACUUCGUUGAGGCUUCUUAAGCUCUCCAUGAUAUAAUUUAUAUUUGUCACUUUUUGAGAAAUCCCUGUUGCUUUUAGAGAAAAUUAGAGCAAAUGGAUGUUCAUCACUUAAGAUGGUAAUUUUGUUCUUGCUAUUUUUUUAACCUCCUCCUUAGAGGCAAUUUUUGUUAUAUGAUCAAGUUCAAUUGAAACAGAAUGUCCCUGCUAAGAAAAUAUACAGAGCAUUUUAUUUUGGUCUGUAGUGUGUAAAAUGUCAACUUCUGUAAGAACGUUUACACGUUUAUCCUUCUUUCAAAGUUUACAUUUUUAUAUUUAAUUUACUCUUUCAGAUAACUACUCUAAAAUAGUGUAGGACGUCCCGGUGAUCUGAACAGCCACCCUCAAGCCCAGAUUUCCUCAGCCGUCGGGACGAUGUAAAUAGAGACUAGAGAGUGAACGAACUAUUUUAUUUUCAAAUUCUGAUGAGCAUUUUAAAGAAACUGACAUGAAUACGGAAGGCUUCCUUUUCCCUUGCCUAUUUUUUCAUUGUAAAUAUUUAUAUACUGACCAGGUGUGGGGAACUGUUUUUUGUAAAAACGUCAUCAAGUCACAUAAAUCCGCCUUUAUUAUGUUGCAUAAGUGAAACUUAGAAAAUUAAAAGCAGUCUUUCAGCUGUAUCGGUUCCUCCCUGAAUGGAGCAGCUGUGAGGAGAGCUGGUCCCUCGCCAGGUGGCAGGGCACACGUGGGGACGAGGGUGACACCUAGGACGCAGCCUGCGUGCCCUUUGGUGCGGAGGGGGGCGGCCACCUCUCAGGGCUGGCGCUGCCCUCAUAGCUCGCUCUGCUGUCCCACCCAGUUCCCCAGGGCUCUUGGGGGGUCCCCGCUCUGCAGAGUGCAUCUGAACGUUGUAGGAGAGCAGUGUAGUUUAGGUUAAAAGUUUCUAAAAUUGGAGUUUGGAGCAGGGUUUUGUCCCGGAACGCUUCCCAGGAGCGAGGGAGUGCCGUGUCCAGAGUGGUCCUCCCGUGAGAACUUCCGUGAGCCGAGACGGAGGAGAGCAAAGUAGCAGCCCGCUGUGACGUGUAUGGAGGAGUGUCUGCCCCCCCCCCCCCCCGCCCCAAAGCGACCUUUCUUAGGCUUUUCUCAGGACGCAUCUUGCUGGAAGAGGCACAGGAUCGAGAGAAGGCCCGGGUGCCGGCAGACGCGGUGCAGAACUCUGGCUGGCUGCUGAGCAGAACGAUGGGAGCACAGUCCCCCAAGGGUGCUGGGCUGCAAAGCCAGCCCUGAAUGCUCUGGAAGAUCCUUUCCAGACAGGCACUGAUGUGGGCCUUUUGUGAAAGCCAAGUGGCGUGAUGGGGGCUUUUGAAAAGCAGGGGUUACCUGUAUCUCCCAGAGAAAUUUCCCUAAGAUUGUUGACCUCGGAACCUGUUUUUAUUUUAUUUAAAGCAUUUCUCUUCUAAUCUCCCUUAGGAGCCACUCUGGAAAAUGCUAAUCCAGAUUUGGUGACUAAAACUCCGUUUGAGCUUAGGAGGAAGUGAUGAGUGGGUUAUGGAGGUGCUUUCUGAGGGGCCUCCCCGGGGUGGGGGGGUCCCUGGUCAGAACCGUGGAGGUGGCAACCACAGGGGAGCUGGCGGUCCAGGUUGUUUCAGACCCCACUGGGGACGUCCUGUUACCCGGCAGACCUGUCACAGAGCUGGUCUCCUCAGUGAUGAGUCGGGGCUCCCCAUGGGGUGGUUGAGGUGGGAGAGCCCGCUGGAGCGGUGAGUCAUCCCUGGAGGCAGGUACCGGCGUGGCUCUGGGAGGGCCACUGCUGCUUCACCCGGAGAACGGUAGUGGUGCUGACCUUUCAGGCCUGUCGUGUAGAUCGGACAGAACUGUGUGCAUCUAGUCAGGCUCUGGGCACGUUCUUGAUGAAUGGAGCUCCUGUGUCUGGUGUGCUGACGCCUUUCGCCCCGGGCAGCUCCAGGGAGCCCAGCCCAGCUUUCCUGUCACUGGGGACACCUCUUACCGCCCGGGUCAGGUCAGGUGCCAGGCUGCAGGCACAGCUUGUCUCUGCUCAGGACUUGCCUCUCUUGAGUCCUGUUGGGUUAGCAGGUUUGACAAGCUGGGGCAGGGGGCACCUUUCCUUCAUGCGUACACAUUUGUCACCAAGGGAACUCUCCCAGCCCUAUGGAGAACGUGUCCAGGCUUUAUGGGACACCAUGGGACAGCCAACAUGAAAAUCUGACUCGGAAAAAAGCACUUGUAUCAAAUAGGCACAGUCAUACUCAGAAUGAGUCACGAGGCACAAAGUCUACGUGAAGGGACGAGUGUUCCCAGAAACCAGCACCCGAGGUCUGAGGACAAGGAGCUGGCCGGCUAGUGGCCUCCCCGUGAGCACGGCUCCUCAGCGCUGGGAACGUUGGUGUGGACGCUGUGGCCGCAAGCAGGGAGGACAGGCCUCCCACCAGGCUUCCCGGCAGACCUGUGUAGAGCUGAGCAUGGCCGUCUGGGCCUCAGUGGGCGAGAAGGACUCACCACCCUGCUCGUGCGCAUGUAAGUGGAUGAGGGAUGCGGAACAGCACGGAGGAACUUACGCUUCAGGAACGGCAGUAUUUGCAGAUGUAUGGAGGUAAUCAAGGGAGGGCAGCGCCUACGUAAAAGGCGGAGGUGCUCCCUUGUGUGUUGGUGACUUGGGCGGAGUCGCUUGGGUCUGUUAGACUCUGACCUGGUGGGGAGAAGAUGCCGGAUGCUCUGGCUGUGUCAAGAUUGUGGUCCUGAAGUCGUGAUUAUUCCUCCCAAGGACCCUGCUCGGUUUCAGCAGUGUCAUCACCGGACACGUCUUGGUGCGUGUGUCAUAAACAGCCUUUUUUCCUAGUCUACUGUGGUUCUGAAUUCCAGGUUCCUUUUUCUUUCUAGGAAAUCACGUGUUUUCAUUUAGGCUGUCAAGGUUGUUGGCAUGAAUGGUUAAGUAGAUGCCUUUAUGGUAAUUGAAAUACUCACGUUUCAGUUCUAGCUCCUUAGUUCUCGGUGUUACGUACUCGUGCUUUCUUUUUUCUUUCUGGUCACCUUCCCAGUGUGAUCAUGGCUCUGUCUUUCAAGAGUUAUCUCUUGAUAUUAUCAUUUGACUAUGCAUAGAUGCCAUUUUUUGCUUUAUUUUUAAAUUACUAUUCUGUAUUUAAUAUGUUCCUCUUCCUCUUUUGGUUUAUUUUUUCCUGAAUUGAAAACGUAUGGAAUUUCUUUUUCUCAUUGUGUUUGUGACUGAAUCAUUCUCUGCUUUGCAUUACAUCACAGGCUUUCACGGAGUGCAUUUUCCGUUUCAUUAAUUCCUAACCAGGCUGUGAUUGUCUUAUUCUGACUGUGGAUAUAGUUACAGUUCAAAAUUUGUGGGAAGUUUGCUUUUUUCUCAGUUGUUAGUUUCUGAAAAGGAAGAAUAAUAGAUACACAGAUUUGUCAAACCAUGUAUCAAAAAAUGUAAUGCUACUAUGUAAAAGCGGUAGGACACAAGAACAGAAAGAGACACCCACAGACGAGAACUUUUGGGUCUUUAGAGUGUGUGAAGGGUUACUUCGGGUACGUGGAAUGGUUUGGGGCAAACCACUGGGAAAAAAUUUUAAGCAAGAGCUUUUAACUCCCAUCACACAAGGAAACACAUUCACCUGUUGACCAUUUACCUUGUUUCCAGCAUUUGUUGUAAGUAAAGCUGCUGUGAACAGCUGUGGCGGAGUCUGUGGAUAAAGGCCUUCACGUCCUUCACGUCCUUCCCGUCCUUCACGUCCUGGUGGCUAGGACAGGGCACGGCUAGCCGUCCACACCUCACACGUUUACAUCUCAUGUCUCAGAGCCUGGCCGGCGAGGCAGGGCCCAUGAGCCAGAGCUCCAGUGUCCUCGCAUCCUUGUCCACGCUGCAGGAGGAACAGCCUCUUAAAUUCAGAUGUUCUCAUGGGUGUGUGCUGGCCUUUCACUGUGGUUUUAACUUGCGUGUCUCUGGGGUCUAAUGACACCAAGUGUGUUUCCAUGGGCUCAUCUGCCAUGAAAUUGUGUCUGUCAAGAUAUUUUCCCAUGUUUUAUUGGGUUCGUUGUUUUCUUACAGAGUUUUGAGAAUUCUUUAUAUAUAUCUGGAUGUAAGUCUUUUAUCAUAUAGGUGAUUUACAAAUAUAUUCUCCCUGUUUAGGCCUUUUUAAAAGACUUAAGCACCCCCCAGGCUCUGUGCUCGUCAGCAUAGAGAUUUUUAUUUCUGUCCGUGGUGUGGACAGAGUCUCCCACAGGUAUAGUUUGCAGGGAAAAGACUGGACAAAUGAGUAUGUAGAGAAUCCUAGCAAAGCUGCUACUGCUUUUUUGCUGUCAUUUUAACCACAAAUUGAAACUUGUCAGAGGAAGCGAUAUCUGUGUAUUAGCCUGCAAUUAACCAAGAGUCCUCACCGUGAUUAUAGUAGUUUCCAAUUGCUGUCAACUUUAGAUUGUAGCUAUUAAUUUAGAUCUGCCUGUCCAUCACAGGUGUUGAGCACUUGAAAAGUGCCUACUCUGCACUGAGAUAUGUGUAAGUGUAAAAUACACUGCAAAUCCCAAAUAUUUAGUAUGAAAAAAGGAAUGUAAAAUAGGUCCAUAUUUUUUCAUACAGUUACAUGUUGAAGUGAUAUUUUGUAUAUGUUUGCUUAAAUAAAAUAUAUUAAAAUUAA